UACAAUCAUAAAUUUUAAGAAACAGUCUAGAAAGAGUUACACACACAACACAACCCGCACCAGAAAGAGGGCAAAGCAAAAAAAGGGUUACCCGCCACGAGAGAGUAACUGAAGGUGAAAUUACGCGGCGGAGGUCUUAAUCGUGCGCCAACUCACGGUGACGUUACCACAUGGCUGUCAUCGCAUGCAGAAGCGGCCGGCGGUGGGUGCCGCACAAUCUGCUGACGGCGAGAGUAACUAAUCACCGAUCGAGUUUGUUCGCAGAAAUACGGUUCAGAGAAUCAAACUGAUAUAUAUCCGGUUCACGGUUUUACUGCUAACCGGUCCGUACUGUCCGGUCCGGUUCACUAAUCAACUCAAAAAUGAAAAUUUUCUGCUUUUGCAUGACUCUGCAUGUUCACUAUAAAUUCUACCUUACUUCAUUAUCGUUCCCACUCAUUUUCUCAUCUUCAUUACUCUUGUUCAUCCAACUGCAAUUUUUUUCAUCAUGCACCCGAAUCCUCCCAAUGAAGAUCUCUUACAUAUCAUUAUAUAUGAUUACCUCAAGAAGAAAAGAUUAUCAAACAGCGCCGAGGCUUUCCGAAUUGAAACUCAACUUAAUGGACAAUUGCCCAAUGCAAUGGAUCAACCACCACAUGGAUUCUUGUACAACUUCUGGAAUUCAUUGCAUGAGCCUCGAUUUAGGGAUGGUGUGGCAAAGGCUCUAACCCAAGGGUUGGUCGUCAAUAUUGAUGCGAUAAUCGACGGGCUCCCUCGGAUUCAUCGAGAAGGAUAUUCUAUUACGCACCUUUCUAGUUUUGAAAGCGGUCAGACACUUUUGUCCUGCGAUAUUUCAUCAGAUGGAAAUACCGUAGCAAGUGGCGGGAUUGGGUUGAAGCCUUUCAUUUGCUAUGUGGGAACUCCUCUUUCUGUUACUUCAGUUGAGUCACACUCAUCUACCAUCUUAGAUGUUAGAUUUCAACCAGGAACAAAUAUAUUUGCAACAGCUUCAGCUGAUACAACAGUAAAGCUAUGGGAUGCAAACAAACCUGCGAUAGCGUUGUCUAAAUUUGUUGGUCAUAAUUGGAGAGUAAGAUCACUCGACUUCCACCCAUUAGGCCGAAUUCUUUGCUCAUCCGAUGCCGAAGGUGUAAUUAAAGCAUGGGAUGUCAAUCGGCAACUCCUUAUAAACAGCCAUACGGUAGGUGGAAGCAGAGUGAGAUUUCAGCCUGGAAAUGGGAGUCUUUUGGCAGUUGCUAAUCGAAAUGUUAUCACCAUACUUGAUCCUAAAAAUUUUAUGGUUAUUAACCGUCUUGAGGGACACGUCAACGACAUUGAAUCCUUAUGUUGGGAUGUCAGUGGAAGGAUGAUUGCCUCUGUCAGCGAAGAUAGUGUACGUGUCUGGUCGUUGUUUAAGACUGGACCAUGCAUUUAUCUCUAUUCAUUAAACAAGGGGAGGUUUAAUUCUAUCAUAUUCCAUCCUCGAUACAAUGACGUCUUAGUUAUUGGUGGCUCUGAGUGCUUGGAAGUGUUGAUUCUUGAAAAAACGAAAAUAUCUGUUGCACGAGCCUCCAAUCUAUCAGUUACUGGACUAGCAGCUACUACAGCGAAAAGUGAAUACAUUGCAUCAGUUAGCCAACAAUCUGAUUCUGUGGUGAAUAUAUGGAAAUGAAGUUCUUGUUCUAGUUAAUGUCUCUGUUCUUUGGUGUAAAUUGCUCCCCUGCUUCAGUUUUUAGGAUUUGUUAGAUAAUCUUUGUGUAUAUGGACAGUUGUAGCUAGUCGCAAAGUGAAAAAAAAUUGAUAAUAUUCGUUUACACUUUUAAUGUAUAAAGAUGAACCAUUUUUG